CCACAAGCUGCCCUCUUUGCCUCCUAGAAACCCGGACAUUUCCAUUAACACCAACCUCUCUCCUCAGGAAAGCAUGCAUUUGAUGCCCAGGGCUCCUGGCAGUUGAGUUCCUUGGCAAGUGAUGGGUGAAUCAUAGGAAGCUCCUCAUCCUCAUCUGGUGACCAAAGGCCUGGCCACAAGCAGCGUGUCAUGUUUCUCCUCCACCCAGAUCUCACUGCUCAGAUCCCCUUCACCACCGGGACACCCUUCAACAUGGCCUGGACGCUGUUGCUCAUCUUGAUCACAGUUCAUCCAGGAUCCUCAGCUCUCUGGGUGUCCCAGCCCCCUGAGAUUCGUACCCAGGAAGGCUCCUCUGCCUUCCUGCCCUGUUCCUUCAACGUUAGCCAAGGGAUACCGGCCAUUGGCUCCGUCACGUGGUUCCUAGACAAGGUGGCUCCGGGGAACGAGGUGAGAAAUGAGACUCCAGAGUUUAGGGGCCGCCUGGCCCCCCUUGCCUCUUCCCGCUUCCUCUAUGACCACCAGGCUGAGCUGCAAAUCUGGGACACGCAAGGCCAUGAUGCCGGCGUCUACGUGUGCAGGGUGUUGGUGCUGGGCCUGGGUGUCGGGACAGGGAAUGGGACUCGGCUGGUGGUGGAGAAAGGACCUCCUCAGCUGGUGGCUGGCCUAGCUCUCCUCCUUCGGGCUGGAUUCUAUGCCUUCAGCAUUCUCUCUGUGGCCAUAGGCAGCACCUUCUAUUACCAGGGCAAAUGCCACUGUCACAUGGGAGCACACUGCCACUCAUCAGAUUAGAAAUGAUUCCAGACCCCAG